UUAAAGUGAGCUGGACAAAAAAACAUAUUUUUCGCGUAAUUUCAGUGCAAAAUAAUAGCAACCACUUAGUGCAAAUCAUUCCACCGCUUGCAGCAGUCCAGGGCACGGUAACGAACGAUGGAUUUUGGCAAAUUGCUGAGCGUAGCUCAGCGCAAUGCUGCUACUCCGGAACAAAAGCCAGAGUCUCGCUACUAUUCGACCAAGUUUGCGCCACCAAAAAAGGAAUGCAACAAGAAAAAGCUGUCGGACAACAUAAAAAAGUUCCUCGCCAAAAAGGAACAGGAAGAACGGGAACGUGCUGCGGAGGAAAAACGGAAACGCGAAGAGCUGCUGGCCAAGCGUGAUCCGAAGGCCAAGCGAAAAAUCGAAAAAAUGCUCAAGGUAAUCAAGUCGGCCAACAAAUCGGUGCUGGAGGAUGCCGUCGACAAUCAGGACACCGCCUUGACGCUGCAGGGUCCGGACCAACCGGACGAGGACGACUACGGGUACACGUCGAAUGUGGCCGAUCAGAUCUAUCAGCAGCUGAUGGAGAAGUACAAGAACAACCCGGAGGAGAAGAAAUUUAAAGACGGUGAAAAACGCACCAUGUCCAAGGAGGACAUUGAUCGAGCCAAGGCUCGAGUCAAGGACGCACUUAAUAAGGCACAGGAAGAAGAGUUGGCUCCGAAGAGUAGAAAGCGGAAAGAAACUGCAGGUGGGGAAGAAUCUACUGAAAAAGCUAGUUCUAGCAGUGCAAGUGGAAAGCACUCUUCUCGUCAGGAUCGAUACGAUCCCGAUGAGGAACGCCGAAAAGAAGCGGAAGCAAAGGCGAAAGAAGAAGAGGAAAGGCGAAAAAAACGAGCGAAGCGCCCAGCUGGACCGGCUCCGCCGGAUUUUGCCACACUUCUGAAACUAGCCGAACAGAAACAGUUCGAACCGAUCAAGGUAGAAACGCCGGUGGAGAAAAAGGAACCCGAUCGGCUAAUGACAAAAAAGGAAAAACGCGAGUACGAGGAACGCAUGGCCUACCUAGAGCAAAAGAAGCUGCGAGACCGAAUACGAAACGAUCCGAAACUUUCGGAGAAAGAAAAACAAAGUAGACUUGCAAAAUUGAACGGUGGAAGGCCUCCUAUGAUGGGAAGUAGAAGCAUCUUAUCGGGAGAAAGCACUAGCAACACUUCUUCGCUUACCGUCAAACCAGAACCAACAAAAAAUGUCAUGGCACCGAAUGGAAGAAUUCCAAAGUUGAACUCGUCAGCUACCAGCGCAAAACCUCCACCGAGCCGGCCCGUCAAUGAUCGUCAAACGCUUCCUCAACGCUCGGCUCCUGACCAGGCUUCAAAAAGCAAACUAGAAGCCGCUUUGACGGCGAAAAAACCCUCAAGCGUUUCUCAACCCAUCAAAGAGCAAAAGAAACCAAUCAACGGAAUCAGUCACAAACCUUCGCCGUCUUCUAGCUCUAAACCACCAGUGACAGCCAGCUCUCGAAACGGUCCCUCUUCUACCACCACGUCGUCUUCUUCUUCCUCAGCCGCUGCCACCGGCAGAUCUUCUUCACAACAAUCGAACGGUCAGCAGCAGCGAGCACGACCAUUCCCACCACAACAACCGGCGGCAGAUCGGGGGCAAAAGAGUCGCCCAUUCCCGCCACCGGACGUGCAACGAAAGCGACCCUCCGGUAGCGGCGGUGCACCGCCACCACCACUGUCGAAGAAACGCCGCCCGGUGAUCGACAGCGACAGCGAGUACGAUUCGGAGAUGGACGAUUUCAUCGACGACGGCGACGAGGAGGAGGACUACUCGUCGCACAUCCGUGCCAUCUUCGGGUACGAUCGGUCCCGCUAUCGGGACGAGGACUACGACGAUCGCCAGAUGGAGUCCAGCUUUGCGCAGCAAAUGCGCGAAGAACAGAUCAGCAAAAAGAUCGGCAUCAUGGAGGAUCUGGAGGAUAUGCGGGCCGAGGAGGAGGAAAAGCGCCAGAAAGCGUUGGCCAAGAAGAAGCAGAAGACGAAAGGCGGGAAGUGAGAGUAAGGGGGGCAGUAAGGCGACGGCGGCGGUGGGAAAAAAUCGUUAUGAAAGUUUUUUUUUAUUUUCGUUUCUAUCUAUCUAUAUUAUUUAUUUUAUAUUACUUUUUUAAUUUAGCUUUAGUUGAGAAUGAUUGCGUGUCCGAAACCAGUCACCUGUUACGAACGCAUGUUUCUUUCGGGUUCUUUAUCGUUGUUCAUGAAAAUAAUCGUUAUGGAACACCACUGCGAUAGAACCACUAAAGUGCGGAGAAUCUUUUACUGCAGCAAUGAUUUCUUAUAUUAUACAUAAUAUAAACUACACACUGGCAAUCGUGCAAACGGCGCUAACGCUGAUGAACAAUAUACUUAUACAUAGUAUAACUAGAA